AUGGUCAAAAAACGCAACGAGGGGAAAACAAAUGCAAAGCUAAAGCAAAAGCCCAACUAUGGACCUGUCAAGAACCGACACACCUUUAAAGGUUCCAACCAUAGUAUGAAUCCAGAUAGGCCACGAGAUGCGAAAAGUUCCCAUCUUCGAUCCAAGGCCACUAUUAAUCGUUUGCGUAUGUACAAAAGCUUCAAAGCAAUACGCGACAAAGCUGGAAACAUCCUCAAGGAAGCUCCAUUUCAAGGCCGACUGAAGUCGGGCACUGUUGCUCGCGUUGAACCUAACAGAAAAUGGUUCGGUAACACUCGAAUUGUGGGUCAAGAACAGCUGCAGAAAUUCCAGGAGAAUCUAGGAAAAGUCAUGCGAGACCCAUUCCAGGUCGUGAUGAAGCAAACAAAGCUUCCGAUUAGUUUACUUCAAGAGAAGGCAAAGCAGCAAAGAGUUCACGUCACUGAUACAGAGUCUUUUGAAUACACAUUUGGUAAGAAGUCACUAAGGAAACGGCCGAAGCUCACAUGUUCUUCCCUUGAGGAGAUGACAAAAUCGGUGGAAGAACGUGCGGAAGUCUACGAUGUGGGAAAAGAUCGUGACCUGCAAGUGGACGAACGAAAUUUGGUCCGUGAGGAAAAUCCCAAUCCAUUAUUCCGUGCCGGACAGAGCAAUCGCGUCUGGGGAGAAUUGUACAAGGUCCUAGACUCCUCGGAUGUUGUUGUUCAAGUAAUUGAUGCUCGUGAUCCUAUGGGUACGAGAUGUCGACAUGUGGAGGAAUUUCUUCGCAAAGAGAAGCCACAUAAACACUUGGUUACUGUCAUAAAUAAGGUGGAUUUGGUCCCUACUUGGGUUACCCGGAAAUGGAUUGGCGAGCUGUCGAAGGAGAUGCCAACAAUAGCUUUUCAUGCUUCGAUCCAACAUUCAUUUGGAAAAGGUGCUGUGAUCAACUUGCUGCGUCAAUUCGCUAAACUGCACAAAGACAGACAACAGGUGGUUAUUUAUACACUGGUUUAUCCACACAAACAGUAG